UGGAAUAUUCGGGUGUGCCAGAAGAAAUCUGCGCUGUUCGCUCGAGCCCUCUCCAUCAUCUCCGCGAGCGCGUCUCAUUGAGAUCUAUACGCUCGGCAUGAAUCUCAUCCCAGCGUUUAUUCAUGCACGCGACAUCACUGUGGUCAGCUGUAAUGUGUUUUAUUGCUCUGAGAUGGGCGCUCAGGAUUAAAUCGGAUGGAGCAGUCAGUGGUACGCCGUUAAACCAGUAACCGAGAGGAAAGCGAUAUUUGCGUAUUGCAACUGCCUGUGCGUGUAAAUCUGAGAAGAAUGGACACGCAAAAUAUGAUGCAGUGUCUAUUUGUCGUCAUCUGAACAUCCGUUAUUUCUCUUAAACGCAACAGCACAGCAAGAUUUAUCACGGAAAUCCGCUUCAUAUCUUGUAAUAGCCUCAUGGAAACAUCAAUUCGGACUGUGUAAGUGCAUCUAUGAUCCCUGGGACACCUGCAGCGAUGCUCCCAGCCACGGAGGCAGCCAAGAUCUACCAGACCAACUACGUCAGGAACUCUCGUGCCAUCGGAGUCCUGUGGGCCAUCUUCACCAUCCUCUUCGCCAUCGUCAACGUGGUAUGUUUCGUUCAGCCCUACUGGAUCGGGGACGGCAUGGACACGCCACAGGCCGGCUACUUCGGCCUCUUUCACUACUGCAUAGGAAGCGGAAUGUCCCGGGACCUGACUUGCCAGGGGAGCUUCACAGAGUUUGGCUCCAUCCCGUCUAGCGCCUUCAAAGCUGCGUCUUUCUUCAUUGGGAUGUCCAUGGUGCUGGUCCUCUCCUGCAUUGGCUGCUUCGCUCUCUUCUUCUUCUGCAGCACAGCCACCGUGUAUAAGAUCUGCGGAUGGAUGCAGCUGGCAGCAGGUACGUGUCUGGUGUUGGGCUGCAUGAUAUAUCCUGACGGAUGGGAUGCUGAUGAGGUGAAGAGGAUGUGCGGAGAAGGGACGGACAAAUACACCAUCGGAGCGUGUUCAGUGCGCUGGGCGUACAUCCUGGCCAUUAUGGGCAUCCUGGACGCACUUAUUCUCUCUUUCCUGGCUUUCGUUUUGGGCAACAGGCAGGAUGGACUCAUGUCUGAGGAGCUGCUGGGAGACAAGAGUGGAAAUGCAUAGAUGCCAGAUACACUCAGGUGUUUCUGUCUCAUUUAAGGAAAUCAUUAUGUGAAAUCACAAUCCAGCUUUACCCAUCAUCCUGAGGGCAGGAAGCCUGACUGCAACGGUUUGAAACAAAACGUUAAAGCAAAGGAUGCAAACAGGGUGAAUGGAGUUUGGGAACUCACUGCUUUUCUGUCCAUAUCCCUUCUUUUCACUCCCUGGAAUUGCAAAUAAACAAAAAAUCCCUACCCUAGUUUGAUUUACCUGUGCUACUAACAUGAUAGGGCAGCUAAUGCACCAUUUAGAAGCAACUUUUACUUGGAUUAAUAAAAAAAAAAAAAAAAAAAAAGGUUAUUUAUUUUACGUUGUGUCCUCUUCUUCAGGCCUGCAUUACAAUAAUGUUAAUAUUUAGUGAUUUAAGAAUUACUAUAAAACACUGUUCUAUUUGACUGAAUUCACCAAGUAUACUAAUGUAGAAGAAAAUGAAUUGUGGGAUUACACUCCAGCACAAAGCUGCAACAGACAUUCCUAGCCUGUUAGUAUUCCUCUGUGUCACUAUCAGCCCUGGGAAGAAAAGAAAAGAAAAAGGGACACUGAAUCAUGAACACUUUACUGAGAGCCAAUUUACAUGCAAGUGAUCAUCUAUAGGGUUUCAAAUGUACAGUUAUUACACCACAACACUAUCCAACAUUGUUUAAAAGGGGAUCUAAACAGAAGGCUAGAGUUCACUGUUAAUAUAUUAAAAUAAUAAUAAUAAUGUGAAAAUUAGGGGCAGACUUCUAUGCCAUUAGUUAUUGUGCACAAGCCAAGUAUAUACAGAAGUAGGAGAGUGUUUUAAGUAUUAUGUAUUGAGUGUAUAUGUUGAAUUUCUGUAUGUCUCUAAUUCAAUAUUUACUUCUCGGCAGUGUUGGUGCUGUAUAGUUAUGUGUGCCAUAAUUAUGAUGUUCUCAGCUGGUACCGUUUUGUACUCUUGGUAUUGUCAUUCUGUCCCACCAAGAUAAACGAAUGCCAAUCAAAAAGAAAAUGUCAUGACAAAACCUGGAGGAUGUGGCUUCAAAAAGCAAACACCAACACUCCCUCCCUCCUUGCACAGCUGAAGAGUUUGGAUGAUACUGGAUGAAGUUCUGAGGGGUAAGAAAAUUGAAAGAAAAGAUGUUUUGCUUUAUUUAUUGGGUGUCUGUCUUGUCGGAUGUUGUAUGUAGAAAAUUAUGUAAAUACACCAUUCAAAUGUAUUAGCUAUAAAAGUUCAUUAAAGACAAUUCACCCACAUUAAUGAAUAAAGAUUUUACCUCUACAGACUAAAGUCAAGACAAGUGUUGCUAAAGAGAUUUUAUUCUGAGCAUUGUUGUAAAGAACAAGCAGUCACAUUUAUCUUAUUUUUGUCACACUAAAUCAGCGGGGUCCAAUCCUAAUCUUUGAGGGCCCCUGUCCUGUAGAGUUUAGCCCCCAUUAUAAUUGAACACACCUCAACCAGAUAAUCAUUACUAGAAACUUCCAGGCAAGUGUUGGACACCCAUGGCAGGGCCAUGCACUGAAAUUUUGAAGGGCAGG